ACUUUAGAGCUAUCAGUCACGGUCUCUGCGACGCUUUUGUUUAGAUUUUUAGACAAACGCGGAAAAGAAAUUGUUGAUAGUUUAUUUAAGUCUACGUAAAACUGAAACAAUGGCAGAAGAAACAAAAUUGGCAAGCAGUGAAGUUGGGAUGCCUCAGGACUCUCCACCAUCUUACCAUGCCACUGAAGACCAGUCAGCAGUGGACAUGCCUGAGGGCCUACCUCCCUAUGGUGCAAACGGAUAUAACGAGCCUCCUCCAUCAUAUGAUUCACUAUUCGGGAAGGUGAAGGCUGCCAAAGCUUCCUCCAGCAACAAUGCCCAGUUUGCCAAGAGUUUUGUGGGCAUUCUUAUGGGAACCUUGGCCUGUACCAUUAUAAUGGGGAUUUUCCUGGCCAUUCCCAUUGCCAUGACAGCAAUAGGAGGUGUUUAUCUACACGACUGUCCAGCAGAGAGGUAUAUCCCCAUCUAUCUCCUUGUGGCUGGAGUGUUUGGGAUCAUCAAGAAUUUGUCCAGUCUAGGACAGAAGCUAAGGAACAGGAAAGAAGGAGAAGAUGAUGACCAAAAAAAUGUGAAGACUAACCCUGGAGAUAUGCUACUUAACUGCUUUCUGUUUGCCUGGUUUAUUGCAGGGAAUGUGUGGGUGUAUCGUACCUAUGGUAACUUCACUACUGUAGCCACUUCACCAUUGUACUGCCAUCCUACAUGUUAUUACUUUGCCUUCUGGGUCAUCACAUCAACAUACAUCUUGGCUGGUGUCAUCUGCUUCCUGACAUGCUGUGGAGGGAUUAUAGCUGCUCUUACUACAGGAAGCAAGGCCUAGUAACUAAGGAAUUAUUUUGGUUUAUGGUGUGUAAGGUAAAUCAAGUAGAGCAGCCACCUUCCCAUUGUUCUGCCAUCCUACACCUGUAACAGCUCUGAUACAUCCUGGCUGGUGUCGUCUGCUUCCUACUCUGACGUGACCUGCACCUUAAGAGUGUAAACCUUUAAUUUAUGAUGCUUAGAGUCCCAUAUUCAUUACAUGUAACCUAGAUACAUGUAUUAUAUACAUAUAUAUUCAUUUAUAUGAGAUAAUCAAAAAAAAAAAAGAAAAA